CCUGAUCCAGUAGGGCUCUUCUUGUGUCCUUAAGAAUGCUCACCAGCAGUUUGGCACGUAACAGAAUUCCAUCUUGGCUUCCUUAGCCACCAUUUUGUUCUUCUAGAACCAUGGAGCUCUCCCAGUCGCAGGUGGCUUUUGAGGAGGUGGCCGUGUAUUUCUCGGAGCAGGAGUGGGCCUGGCUGGAUGCGGACGAAAGGGCCCUCUACUGGGAAGUCAUGCAGGAGAACUACGAGCACGUGACUUCGCUGGGGGUCCUUUUCACCCUGACAGACAGCAAAAUUUCAUGUCGGAUUCCUCUGGCACCAUCCUGUUCUUCCAGCACCAUGGAGCUCCCCGAGGUGGCUUUUGAGGAGGUGGCCGUAUAUUUCACGGAGCAGGAGUGGGCCUGUCUGGAUGCAAAUGAAAGAGCCCUCUACUGGGAAGUCAUGCAGGAGAACUACGAGCACGUGACUUCGCUGGCAGGUGAUAGUUCCCUACAAGCAAGCCCCAAAGCUACAGAACGACAUGGGAGUUUGCUGGGCAGUUCCCAAGAGAAGGACUCUCUAAGCCCUAAUGCUUGUAACAAUAGCCACAAGCCAGCAAGGCAGCAGGAGAAGAAGCCGGUGGAGCAGCUUGGUGGAAUGACCCCAUUCAAAGGAAGCAACAAGGCUGCAAAUUGUCCUCCAGCUGAAGUGGGAGAAAGGAAGGAUUCUUGUCCCAAGUGUGGGAAAAGCUUCUGUCACAAAUCAGCACUCACUGCACAUCUGAGAAUUCACACAGGAGAAAAGCCCUAUCAAUGCCAGGAGUGUGGGAAAAGCUUCAAUCAGAGUUCAGCCCUAACUCAGCACCAGAGAAUCCACACAGGGGAGAAACCCUACGUCUGUCUCAGUUGUGAGAAAAGGUUCAGUCAGAGUUCAGCACUUACUCAGCAUCAGAGAAUUCAUACUGGAGAGAGGGCUUACACAUGCCUUGACUGUGGGAAAAGCUUUGUUUACCAGUCAGCCCUGAUUCGGCAUCGGAGAAUCCACACUGGAGAGAAAUGCUAUAAGUGCCCUGACUGUGGGAAGGGCUUCAACCAAAGCUCCAACCUUAUUACACACCGGAAAAUUCAUACUGGUAAUGGGACAGUUUGUGGGAGUGAGAAGAAGAAUCCCCAGCCAGAAGCUCGUGAGAAAUCAAAACCACCUGGAACAGUUUGCAAAACAGUUCAACAAAUGUGUCCUCGCAAUCCUCAGUUGGAGAAAGAUCUUCAGAAUGGGGGAGGUGUGGAGAGAAAUCCUUUAGAGAGAGGUCAGGAUCCACCUCUUGCUAGCACAGGCAGUUUCAUAUCUCAGAAGGACUUCACAAUAAAGACAGGGGUCCGUAGGUUUAAAAGGCCGCUCGUGUGUGAUGACUGUGGAAAGAACUUCAGAUACAGCUCCCAUCUGGUGAACCACCUGAGGAUCCACACAGGAGAGAAACCCUACAACUGCACGGACUGUGGGAAAAACUUCAUUCAGAGCUCAGCCCUCAAGAGGCACCAAAGGAGCCACAGAGGCGACAGGCCCUAUCAGUGUGCGGAUUGUGGGAAAAGCUUUAGUCGGAAUUCGCACCUGGCCAAACACCGGGGGAUUCACACUGGAGAAAAACCUUACGAGUGCCUUGAAUGUGGGAAAAAGUUCAGUGUUAAAAUGAACCUGGUGAUUCACCAGCGAAUCCACACAGGAGAGAAGCCGUAUGCGUGCUUGGAGUGUGGGAAAUGUUUUAGUCAGCGGGCCCAUUUCAUUAUCCACCGGAGAAUCCACACAGGCGAGAAGCCUUAUGAAUGCCCUGACUGUGGAAAAACCUUUCGUGUGAGCUCACACCUUGUCACACAUCAGAGAAUCCACAUGGGGAAGACUUCGUUCAUCUGUCCUGACUGCGGGAAAAGCUUUAACGGUAGCCAACAGUUUAUUCAACAUAAGAGGGUCCAUACCACUCGAGAGAGCUGUCAACUGCCCAGUGUAGGGAUAUCUAUUAAGAUUGAAGGCAGUAACUACAGCCCUGAAACUGAUUAAGUGACCUUCUGGCUGUAUUUGGUUAAGGCAGGGGUCUCCACAUUUAAAGCUUUGAGAAAAUGUUGUAGAGGCUCUCACAAAAUGGCUGCCAUGGUGGGCGUGGCCAGUCACAAAAUUCCCCAAAGGCAAACUAAUGUGACUAAAAGAAAAGUAACUUGCUUAAGAAACGAAAUGUCAGGCGAGUGGGAGAGCUAUCAUUUCAAGCCUCCAUCACUGCCUGGUGAUAUCACACCUCCCCAACUCGGAUUUUUCCUUUUCUAAAAAUGUCUCAAAUCUGUUCUUGGAAAUGAAGUGGGUGGUGGAAGCCAGCACGUCGCUUUGCAGCAGGCCAGCCUCUCCGUUGUUGUUGUUUUUUUAAGCGCUUAAACAAUUUCUAAAAAUAAAGAUCAAGAGAGGCAAGGGGCCUGAUGUGUGCCAAGAGAGGGGUCCAUAGGCACAUUGGUACCCACAGCCACCACAUUGGAUGCCCCAGGCCUACGGCAAAGAAGCCUUUACCAGCCCUCUGCUAGAAGUGCAAAUUGUUAGAUGCUUUCUGUGAUUAAAGCUGAAAUUAAGGCGGAUGGAGGGGCAAUUUUUACUGCCAAGUUCAAACCCUUGUAGCAGCUGAGAGCCAAAUAUAGUAGAUUGGUUUUAUACUGUUGUUUUAUACUUUGAGUGUUUUUAAUUUUUGUGAACCACUCAGAGAGCUCCGGCUAUUGGGCGGUAUAGAAAUGUAAUUAAUAAAUAAAAAAAUAAAAUAAAAUAAAAUAAAAUUGGGCGCUGGACUUGGCCUGGAGAGAAGAGCUGGUUUCAUAUUUCAUGCUCUGCUUUGGAGGCUGUUGGUGACUUUGGGCUGAUCAUGUCAGCCUAGUCUAUCUCACAGGGUUGUUGUGAGGAUGAAAUGGAGAAAAAACUUUUAUAGAGCCACCCUGAGUUCUUUGGAGGAAGGAUGAGAUAGCAAUACAAUAAACUAACAAUGAAUCAAGAUGGUGAACUAGAGGCACAACAUCAGGCUUGAAAACCAUCAAGAGCGCCAUCAAAAGAAAAAUGGAACUACAGACCCAGACAUCAGCUUCCUCAGUGGACUAUCAUGAGUGCUGCACUCUGCAAGCGACAGAGAAUAUAAAGGAGGCAGAGGCAGCUGGCAGCAUGCAAAGAACGGCCCUUCGUGGGAUUGAAGAAAGUGGGGGUGAACUUAUGGGGUUUUCCCUAAGACCAGUGCCAGAGCUUUCACAAGACAUUUUCCUGCCUGAGGCAAAAACCAAGAUGGCACCUGCUCCCUUCCAUGUACCAAAGAAGAGAGAAACAAGUCUAAGGGGACACAUGAUAGAGGUCUACAAAAUUAUGCAUGGUGCGGAGAAUGUGGAAAGGAAGACAUUUUUCUCCCUCUCUCAAAAUACUAGAACCUGGGCUCAUCCCAUGAAGCUGAUUGCGGGGAGAUCCAGGACAAAUAAAAGGAAGUACUUCUUCACACAGCGCAUGGAACUCACUAUGAAUUAUGGAAUUAUGGAACUCACUACCACAAGAUGUAGUGAUGGCCACCAGUUUGGAUGGCUUUCAAGGGGAGGUUGGAUAAAUUCCUGGAGGUGAAGGCUAUCAGCCCUGGUGGUUAUGUGCUAUCUCCAGUAUUCAAGGCAGUAAGCUUGUGUGCACCAGUUGCUCGGGAACAUGGGUGGGAGGGUGCUGUUGCACCAUGUCCUGCUUGUUCAUCCCUGGCCGAUGGCUGGUUGGCCACUGUGAACAGAG